AUGAGAUCAUCAUCGGUUUCAUCUGUAACGUUACUUUGGCUCGGUGUAUUCCUUGGUGUCAUUUCAGCUGCUGCUGUUGCUGCCACUCCAGAUUGGAAUUGCGAUCCCUGCAUUAAGCGCACCGAUUAUCAUAUCCGUGCCAUUGUUCAUGGUGAAGCUAGUGAUGAUUACUGGGUUCAGACGUCGGCGGCCAUGCAUCAAGCUGCCAGGGAUAUGCGAGUCGACUUUAGGAUGGAUAACUUGGUAGAUGCCUAUGAUCCGGCUCAGAUGGCUGCAUCGAUAAGGAGCUUGAUCCCCACAAGUGACGUAGCGCCAAAUAUUAAUGAACGAACUCCGAACGCUUUGAUUGUCACGAUUCCGUCGGACGAAGUUCGUGAAGCAGUAGAGGAAUUGAUUCAGAAGACCGAUAUUCCCGUAUUUGGUAUGAACAGUGGUUAUCAGAUUGCCAAAGACAUGAAUCUACAGUGCCAUAUUGCUCAAGAUGAUUUCUUAGCAGGCCAAGAAGCCGCUCGACAGUUUUUGAAACUUUACUAUCCCGCAUGGAAUGAGACGGGUAGCCCUACAACAAUGAUCUUCAACAAUAACUCUACGAAUAUUACAACAAGUACCACUCCUCAUCGUGCCCUCUUUAUCAAUCACGAGCAUGGCAAUUCGGGUGUGGACGAUCGAUACCGAGGAUUCCGUGACACUUUACAAGCUGCAUUCGGAGAAGAACAUGUAGUAGUCGACCAACUUAUUCUUGAUCCUGUUCAGGAAAGUAGCCACGAAAAGGCCAUUGCCCAAGCUCUGGAAGGCUGUCCCUAUACCGAUGGGGUUUUAGCUCCACUACAGAAAUUGGAAUUACUUACUUCGGCCUACUACAAGAAUGAAUGUAGCUUUGUUGCGCAGAAAUCGGGGAUUUUCGAUGUGGAUUCAAAAGUAUACGAUGCAAUUGCCUUGGGCAAAGUCGCCUUUGCAGUUUCGCAGCAGCAGUAUUUACAAGGGGCGGCAACCGUCACUUUGGCCGCCAUUUAUGCCACAACUGGAUUCCAAUUGUAUUUUCCGUCCGGUGAAAAUAGGCAUGGCACCUAUUUGAGCGGUCCCAAAGUUGUCAAGUUACAAAAUUUGCCGUCGGAUAGCCAGCAGAUCUGCGAGUCCGAGGGCUUUCCCGUUUGUAAUAACGACGGGACUUCCCCAAAUCCGCAAGGCAGGUGCCCGUGUCGGGAUCGUUCCAACAUUCGAAUUGGCGGGUCGACUCCGCACCCAGAAUCAACCCCUUCACAUUGGGGAGUCAUUUGGGAAGCCGCACGACAUGCGGCGAAUGAUGGCGGGAUUGACCUCAUCUUGGAUGAACUGGAACGUCUAGAUGCGACCGAGUCAGAAUUUGAUAAAAUUGGACAAAAAUACGUGUCGCUUUGCCAGUCCGGAGUAGAUGGUGUCUUUGGAAGCGCUGUCCCGUUCGAUGAAGUAUUGGACUUGUGUAGCAGCCUUGAGGUACCCUUCGUUUCGGUUUCCAGUGCAGUGGAAGAGUCGCAUCAACAUGCCAUCACAAUGUCUCACUACAAUAGCGCCUAUGCGGCCUCCCAAAAGAUGAUUGAAGCUGGGAUGAAACGGGGGUAUUGUGUCCAAUGGCAUCUAUCAAACGAUUUGGAUGAUCGGUGUUUCGGACUACGAGAUGCGAUUGCGGAUUCCGGGUUGGACAUUACUUAUGAAGGAGUGAUUUACCCACCGGAAGGACAAACCUAUCAUGAUAAUGUGCUUUUGUACCAAAAGAUCGUCCAUGACUUUAUUCCGGAAGAAGGUGACUGGGAAGGAAUUGGUCUCUUGCUAGUUUCGGACCCUUUCGCGGAAGGUUCCGUGUUACUCCAGGAUCAACAUCCGAAACUCCUCAUUGGUGCCUUUGAUUCUGGAGAGAAGGUCCUUCAGUACGUUGACGAGGGAAGAAUUUUGUUUGCCGUGGAUCAACAACCGUAUCUUCAAGGAUACCUGGCUGUGAGAUUGCUGGCUUGGUAUGCGCACACGAAGCAAAGCUUGUUUACACAGUUGCUCGAGAGUGGACCUCAGUUCAUCUACGAGGCUCCAUCGGCUGAACUUCAAGCAUGCAAAGCGGCCAAGUUUGAUGUUUGUCCGGAAGCCGUCUUUUAUAACAAAAACCAAUUGGACCAAGUGCGGCCAUUUGGACUUGCUUUUGCAUGCAUCCUUAUCGCGCUAUCUUUGGCACUUAUUGCUUGGACGGUGAAAAAUCAAAGGGUGCAGAUCGUUCGCGCUUCGCAGCCAAUCUUCCUCAUCACUAUCUGUAUGGGUACCACAAUUCUUGCCACCACUAUCAUCCCCCUCAGUUUGGAUGACGGGGUUCUCCAUGAAGAGGGAGGGUGUGUCGAUUGUGAAUGCCCAGGAUGCGACAAAGCGUGUAUGGCAGCUCCAUGGCUGUUCACACUGGGAUUCACUGUGGUCUUUGCCGCACUCUUCAGCAAAGUGUGGCGCCUGAACAAACUUGUGGAAAGUGCUGCACGAUUUCGAAGAGUGACCAUUAGGGAACUCGAUGUGAUUAUCCCUUUCGGCAUGUUGCUUUGCUUGAAUGUUAUCUUCAUGCUUGUCUGGACUUUGGUGGACCCCAUGUAUUACGACCGAGAGCAGCGAUGCGGACUCGAUGAGUCAACGUCUUUCGGCUCCUGCCGUUUGGGAAGAACUGGCGUUUCUAGUGCCAUGGCGUUCUCGGUUGCAGCUGUUGAUUUCUCUGCUCUCUUGUUGGCCAACUUACAGGCGUACAAGGCCCGACAGAUCAAGACAGAUUUCAAUGAAAGCGCCCAUGUUGGAAUUGCCAUGCUCGGUAUCUUGCAAAUAUUUUUGGUCGGAACGCCAUUGGUGUUUUUGGUCAAUGACAACCCUCCUGCCGAGUUUUUUGUCCUUACUGCCAUUGUUUCCGUGGUCUGUCUUUCGGUACUGUUGCUAAUUUUUGUCCCCAAGAUCAUGAGGAGUAAAAAUGCACCUACAGGGGCUUGGGCAAGUGGUGAUUUCUUUGGACGCAAUGCUCCCAAUAGCGGCAUGGACUUUACUCCCGGUUCCUCGCAGUUGGAGGCCAAUUCGGACCCUGGCACACGACCAUCCUCAGUACUGCAUAACAAGAGCGCCCUCGCUGACCUUCCCGAACAGAUUUCGUCGGCCUUUGAUCCAUCGGCAGAGCAGCAGAUACCGCUCGAUCAGAGUGAGAACACAAAGGAAUGUUGA